CAAAAUCUUCUCAAAUAGAUCCUAAAAUAUAUUGAAUAAUUGCUUCUGGUAUUUAGUAAAAUCGUGUAGUUUCUUAAAACAUUAUGGCCAUUGUUCCUGCUCAAAUCCUAACAAACAUAAUAAUGUUUGUUCAAACCCUAAAUUUUGUCAACAAUGGAAUAUACAAAGCAUGGGAGACUAGAACUUUCGAUUUCAACCAACGUGAUGAUAUGGCAGGAGUUUUGACUAUCGAUAACGCUCAAGUUUCACUGGUCAUGGGACCCUAUGAAACUUUCAAAUUUGCCUCAGUCGUUGCAGACGCUGAUGGAAACUUCAAAGCUUGUAUCAACAGUGUCACAUUUCCUAGUUUCAAUUUAACAUUUGAGUAUUUUGCUGAUGUUGCUAUUAUUGAUAAAUACCCUGUUUAUGGUACUGGAUCUUACCACGGCAGAUUAACAAAUAUCUCCACAACAUUCUGCUGGCUACUAUCACAAACCGCUGAAGAAAUAUUGGAUUUUGAUAUAAAAGUGGAUUUAAGACAUGGACCGUCUCAAUUGACAGGGUUUUUCAAUAAUGACGAGCUAAACCCUAUCACAGAAACCUAUCUGACCCUAGCCAAGAGACUAUUUGCAAUGUGGAACAACUAUGAACCGGAAUGUGCUAGGAAAUGCAUACUUAAUCCAGCUUUUUUCUUUAUGACUAACUAUUUAAUUUAUGACAUAAAUAAGGCCGAAGAAAUUACUUGGGAGGAAUGCAGUUGUGUUUCUGAAAAAGUACAUUCAGGUAAUUCUGAGCUUGAAUUGGAUGAAUUAUUAAAGUUAGAUCCAAUGUUGGACCCUUUAUUAGAUUUAAUAGAAACAGUUUCAAGCAUCAGUUUUCGGUAGAAAUAGGGAAACCAGUUCUAGUUUCUAGUUCUAAAUAAUAUUUAGUAUUAGGAUACAGAAUACAUGGGGAGUAUAAUUACAGAGUCUUUUUGUCAAACUUUUGAAAAAUAAACUGUUUUUAGUGUUAUACAUUUCUUCUGUCACUAGGUUUUUAAAAAUUUGAGCCUCCGACUCGAGUCGAGCAUGUACUUUUGUGGCGCGUGAUGCAUAUUAUACAGAGUGGCAAAAAAGUCGCGCAUAAUACCUGUAUCUUUUUAAUUACAUACCUCGUAUACGAAAAAAAGACCUUUAUGAAAGUUGCUCAGUAAAUUAUUUCCCACAUUUCUACCUAGACGAAUUGCUUCACUUCUGGUUUAUUUGCUAUCCAGACCAACUUUGUUUUUUCAAAUAAAACACCCUGUAUGUGAUUGCAUAUUUGGAUUCUACGUAAAAUUCUGAGCAGAUUUCAUGUGAUAUACCCUAUACCUAAGUUCAACUGUUUUGGAAAUAUUGACAGUUGAAAAUUGACUUUUUUUCAACUUCGACAGGCUGUAAUCACAGCGAUUAAUUUUAGAGUAAAACCGAUCGUACAUUCUUAUCUUAGAUUUUCAUAAACUAUCAUUUGACACCAACUUUGAAUUUAACCGGAGUGCGGUUGUCAGAUGAUAGUUUAUGAAAAUCUAAGAUAAGAAUGUAUAAAUCAUUCGUUUAGGUUUCACAGCCUGUCAAAGUUGCAAAAAAGUCAAUAGACCUGUCUCGCAUAAUUAGAAAAAGAGAGCUUAAUUGUAAAAAAUACAAGUUAGAAAGCAAUAAAAGAUGACCUGCGCGCGCAACUCGUAGGCUGCAGUGUAGCCAGAUUGUAUAUUGUUGCAGAACAAAUGUAUACAAUACAAAUCGAACAUUAUAACAUUAAAGAAGUGAUAUAGUGUCAAGUGUUUUACAACGCCUUAAAUCAG